CGGAGCUCGGCUCCUCAAAGGCAGCGGCGGGGGCUGCUGGCUGCCCGCCCGCUCCUCCGCCCCCGGGGGCCGGCGGGCCGCGCUGAGCAGGCGGCCGCGGCGCACGGCGGAGCGACGUUAAAAGGCAGCGGCGGCGGUGGCGGGCAGCCGGGUGAGGGCUGCGGGGAGCAGGAGCGGUGCUCGGCGCUGCUGCGCGGGCACUCGGCACCGCGCUACCCGGCUGUGGGCCGGCAGCGCUGCGAGCCCCCGGCUGCUGCUUGCCCGGCCCGGGCGGAGGCGCUGGCCAUGGACGCCGAGGAUGACCCCUUGUUACAGGAUGCCUGGCCAGAUGAAGAGGAUGAAGAUGUAGCCUUCGGCUCCCGGAAGAGGCGAGAGAGUGCUCUGUUGUGUGGGAAAAGCCCCUGCAGAGUCAGGCCCCUUCGUGUCACGCUGCCAGUGUCUGGCUUCUGGAAUGUUGUUGGCUGGGUAUUUACCAACCCCUACUGUGCCAGCUUCAUCCUCUUUCUGGGCUGUGCCAUCCCUGCCGUGCUUGCCAUUGUCAUGUUCCUGCACUACCCAGCCCUGGACAUUGACAUCUCCUACAACGCCUUCGAGAUCCGCAACCAUGAGUCCUCGCAGCGCUUCGACGCUCUCGCCUUGGCCCUCAAGUCCCAGUUCGGGUCCUGGGGGAGGAACCGCCGGGACCUGGCUGACUUCACCUCUGAAACCCUGCAGAGGCUCAUCUUUGAGCAGCUCCAGCAGCUGCAUCUCAAUGCUUCCCACCUUGGGGUCAGCACCCGGGUCAAGCGCAGCAGCCCGGAGAGCAGGACGAGCUCCCCCGAGCCCCAGCCCCACCUGAACCCAGGGAACCGGACUGCCCGCACCGGCAGGGGUGCCCCACGCUGGGACUACUCCAGCACUUACAUCAGUGCCAACACGCAGACCCAUGCCCACUGGCGCAUCGAGCUGAUCUUUCUGGCUCGGGGGGACUCUGAGAACAACAUCUUCACCACCGAGCGCCUGGUCACCAUCCACGAGGUGGAGCGCAAGAUCAUGGACCACCCUCGCUUCAGAGAGUUCUGCUGGAAGCCCCACGAGGUCCUGAAGGACCUGCCCCUGGGCUCCUACUCCUACUGCUCCCCUCCCAGCUCCCUCAUGACCUACUUCUUUCCUACUGAAAGGGGAGGGAAGAUCUAUUAUGAUGGCAUGGGGCAAGACCUUGCUGACAUCCAAGGGUCCCUGGAGCUGGCCAUGACCCACCCUGAAUUCUACUGGUACGUGGAUGAGGGCCUGUCUGCCGAGAACAGGAAGAGCUCUCUGCUGCGCAGCGAGAUCCUCUUUGGAGCCCCACUGCCUAGCUACUACUCGGUGGAGGACCGCUGGGAGGAGCAGCGCCACAAGUUCCAGAACUUUGUCAUCACCUACGUGGCCAUGCUGGCCAAGCAGUCCACCAGCAAAGUCCAGGUGCUGUAUGGAGGGACGGAUUUGUUCGACUAUGAAGUGAGGAGGACUUUCAACAACGACAUGCUGCUGGCCUUCAUCAGCAGUAGCUGCAUCGCUGUCUUGGUCUACAUCCUUACCUCCUGCUCAGUGUUCCUGUCAUUCUUUGGCAUCGCCAGCAUUGGGCUAAGCUGCCUGGUGGCCCUGUUCCUGUACCACGUGGUGUUUGGCAUCCAGUACCUGGGAAUACUCAACGGUGUGGCUGCCUUUGUCAUUGUGGGGAUUGGGGUGGACGAUGUCUUUGUUUUCAUCAACACCUACCGCCAAGCCUCCCACCUGAAGGACCUGCGGCUGCGCAUGAUCCACACCAUCCAGACGGCAGGGAAGGCCACCUUCUUCACCUCCCUCACCACAGCUGCAGCCUAUGCUGCCAACAUCUUCUCCCAGAUCCCAGCCGUGCAUGACUUUGGACUCUUCAUGUCACUGAUUGUGUCCUGCUGCUGGGUAGCUGUGCUCUUCACCAUGCCAGCUGCUCUUGGAAUAUGGACCCUUUAUGUGUCCCCAGUAGAGAGCUCCUGUCAAACCAGCUGUAGCCAGAAGUGCACCAAAAAGAGUCCCUUGCACCUGGCUGAAGAUCUCUUCAUUGCCUCAGAGACCACCUCCAGAGCAGGCAGAGAGACUCUUCCCUAUCUGGACGAUGACAUCCCACUCCUCAGUGUGGACGAUGAGCCUGUCUCUCUGGAAAUGGGGGAUGUCCCCUUGCUAUCUGUGAUGCCAGAGAAUCUGCAGCUCCCUGGGGAGAAGAGCAACCGGGGCCAGUUGAUAACGCACCUGCAGGAGCUGCUGGAGCACUGGGUGCUGUGGGCUGCCGUGAAGAGGAGAUGGCUGAUUGUGGGGCUCUUUAUCCUCGUUUUGCUCCUGUCCAUAUUCUUUGCCAGCCGCCUCCACCCGGCCAGCCGUGCUCCAGUCCUGUUCCGGCCAGACACCAACAUCCAGGUGCUGCUGGACCUGAAAUACAACCUGAGUGCUGAAGGCAUCUCCUGCAUCACCUGCUCAGGUUUGUUUCAGGAAAAGCCUCACAGUUUGCAGAACAACAUCCGAACCUCCUUGGAAAAAAGGAAGAGGGGCUCAGGGCCACCUUGGGGAAGCAAAGGAAGCACAAAUGAUGCAGGGCAGCAAGAGCUGCAGGGGACUGUGUAUAUCUCCAAGUCCAGAAGCAAGGGCAGACCAGCCAUCUACAGGUUCUCACUCAACGCCAGCGUCCCUGCCCCCUGGCAGAUGGUGUCACCAGGAGACGGGGAGGUGCCUUCAUUCCAGGUGUAUAGAGUGCCUUUCGGUAACUUCACCAGGAAGCUGACAGCUUGUGUGUCCACAGUAGGGCUGCUUAAGCAGACGAGCCCCAGGAAGUGGAUGAUGACCACCUUGUCCUGUGACACCAAGAGGGGCUGGAAGUUCGACUUCAGCUUCUAUGUGGCCGCCAAGGAGCAGCAGCGAACACGGAAACUGUAUUUUGCCCAGUCACACAAGCCCCCUUACCAUGGCCGAGUGUGUGUGGCACCUCCUGGCUGUCUUCUCAGCUCUAGCCCAGAUGGACCCACCAAAGGCAUCCUUUAUGUUCCCAGUGAGAAAGCAGCACCCAAGGCAAAGCUGUCAGCCACUUCGGGAUUUAACCCUUGCGUGAACGCAGGCUGCGGGAAGCCGGCGGUGCGGCCGCUGGUGGACACAGGGGCCAUGGUGUUCGUGGUGUUCGGCAUCAGAGGCGUUAACCGCACCAGGCGCCUGGACAACCACGUCCUCGGAGACCUGGGCAGCGUUAUCUACGAUGACAGCUUCGACCUCUUCAAAGAGAUUGGCAACCUCUGCCGCCUCUGCAAAGCCAUCGCCAGCAACGCCGAGCUGGUGAAGCCAGGAGGGGCUCAGUGCCUGCCCUCUGGUUACAGCAUCUCCUCCUUUCUGCAGAUGUUGCACCCUGAGUGCAAGAACAUCCCAGAGCCAAACCUGCUGCCUGGACAGCUCUCUCAUGGGGCAGUGGGGGUGAAGGAUGGCAAGGUGCAGUGGAUCUCCAUGGCGUUUGAGUCGACAACCUACAAGGGGAAAUCUUCCUUCCAGACCUAUGCUGACUACCUGAAAUGGGAGACGUUCUUGCAGCAGCAACUGCAGCUCUUCCCAGAGGGCUCUGCUCUCCGGCAUGGUUUCCAGACCUGUGAGCACUGGAAGCAGAUCUUCAUGGAGAUCAUAGGGGUGCAGAGUGCCCUGUACGGUCUCGUCCUCUCACUGGUUAUCUGUGUGGCUGCAGUGGCAGUGUUUACCACUCACAUCCUGCUCCUGCUGCCAGUGCUGCUCAGCAUUUUAGGGGUGGUCUGCUUGGUGGUGACCAUCAUGUACUGGUCUGGCUGGGAAAUGGGAGCUGUGGAAGCCAUUUCCCUCUCCAUCCUCGUUGGCUCCUCUGUCGAUUACUGCGUGCACUUGGUGGAGGGCUACCUGCUGGCAGGGGAAAACCUGCCCCUGCACCAGGCAGAGGACCCCAGUGCGUGCCGCCAGUGGAGGACGAUGGAAGCAGUCCGGCACGUGGGUGUGGCCAUCGUCUCCAGCGCUGUCACCACGGUGAUCGCCACCGUCCCGCUCUUCUUCUGCAUCAUCGCCCCCUUCGCCAAGUUUGGCAAGAUCGUGGCCCUCAACACCGGCGUCUCCAUCCUGUACACCCUGACUGUGAGCACAGCCCUGCUGAGCACCAUGGGCCCUGGCACCUUCACCCGCAGCAGGACUUCCUGCCUCAAGGCCGUGGGGGGGGUGCUGCUCGCCGGCCUGCUGGCUCUCUGCAUCUGCCUCGUCCUGCUCAAGAGUGGAGUUAAGAUCCCUCUGCCCAACGGGACAGCCCUCUAGACCCUAUGCCAAGAGCCACAUGCUCUGCCCUCUGGCUCCCCUUCUUUUCUUUUUAAAGGAUAUUUUUUGUAAGAAAAAAAAAGAGGAAAAAAAAUCUCCUUUGCCAGAAGUUUUUCCACUCCAGAUGCACUUUAUUUUCUAAUGAGUUUUGCUCUGAACUUGUAUUUAUUUUGGGUAGUGAUGGAUGACGGACAGUGAGGGCUGCCCGGGGAAUACCUCAGCCCGUCAGUAGGAGGAGAGGAGCUUUCCUUCUCUCAGUUUUCUUUCUGCUUUUCUUCUUUCUUUUUUUUUUCUUCUUUUUAAUGAACAGAGCUUUCUGGAUCCACAGAGCUAAGGGGAGAAGCUGGGAAUGCCAUCUGAUCCCCUCAGAACCCUUCUCUCUCUCCCUCCCCUUGGCCAGGGUCAGCAUUGCAAUGAUGGCUCCUGAGGCGAUGUUCUACCCCCACGCCAAGCCUGUGCCUCUUUACCUAAGCCUCUGACAACAGCAGUGAGCUGUUGGACAGGCCUGGGAAAAUGUGUGGACCCCUUCGCUGUGCCCUAUGCCCAAGCUAGAGCAGCAGACAGCUCUCUGCCAGGAGCUCUCACGGAUGUCAUUGUGGGAUCUGCACUAGAGGCACUGGAUGGCACCUGAGUGGAGGGUGUCAGGACACGUGGCUGUCCCUGCUUGCUGGAGGGACAGCAGGCUCCUUGCUGGGGUCUCUUGCGUCUGUCAGCAGCCACCAGCAAUGCAGUUAGUGUCCUCAUCAGCCUGCUCUCCUCUCCCUCAUCUCAGUAGUGAGGCCAAGGUAGUAUCAGUGCCCAGUUCCACCUCUGCUCAGUAUGUGACCUCACCAGUCAAGCCUCUGCUCUUGAUGGCCUUUUGGUCACGGCAUGCAUGGAUAAACAAUGCUGCAUCCUCUGUGGCAGCUCAGAGGCCCCCUCCCCUGUGGAGGGCAGGGGAGCUUCAGCCUGUGGCUGCUGCCUGCUCAGAGCAGAUGGCUCAUAUUAAAGUAAAAUGAAAUGGCAAACUGGAUGCCAUUAACAAGUACAUUUUAAGCAUCACUGAUUCUGUCAUCUUUUUAAAGUGGCCAUAGCUCAGUGUGUGCAGUGACAUGCUGCACAUCUGGGUGCUGCGGAAGUGGAGGGGUCAGGCCCACUGGGAGAUGCAUGAAACAUUAUUUACAGGGAUGCCAAUAGAAGGGGGUGGCCAGAAACAAACAAAAGUCCAUUUGUUUGCAGAGACCAUGGCCCUGGUGGCUCAGUGUUUUCUGCCUGAACUGUCCCUCUUUUGAAGACAGAAAUUCCAAGAAGCCCAUUCCCCUUUCCAGCCAAGUUCUGGGACCUGCUGAGACAGACCAGCAGCUGCUUCUGCCUGGCUCAGUGUAUCCCUGCUCUGAUCCCUGCCAGUCUUACACCUUCACGUCAUGUGAAACAGCAGCAAAGGUUUGUCCCUAAGGGUCCCCAGAGUGGCAUCUAGAAAGAGGAGUGCCAGACCAGGACUCUUCUUAGUAGCAGGGAAAAUCCAGCAGCCCUGCUUCAGGCAGUGAGGGUUGUGAGCCCAUGACCAGACCUGGUUUGUCCUCACCAUCCUGCAGCUGAGUUACCCCUUUCUGCCAAGUGUUAAAUGUUCCUUGGCACCUACCUCUGGUCUGCACCAGUUCCUUCACACUGAACCCUGUGCCCAUGAUUAAAUGGUUCUGGAAAGGAUUUUUCACUUUCCUUUAGCUGUGAUGGCUGCUGAGCACAGUUGAGCCCCAACCCUGAUCUCUAAGCUGUGCUUCUCCCUAUGUCUGUUCUCCAGAUUUAAUAGCUAGUGGUGCCCUGAGCUCACCUAGGUGGCAGUGAGCACAGAGGGCAGUGUGCUGAUCAUUUGCAGUCCCGUGGGGCCCAUGUGGCUCUGGGGUGCUCCACAGGACAGCAAGGUAGCCCUAGUUUUGCUGCCAAGGAUGCUUUCUCUGGAAGCCUGACCUGAAUUUAGCUAAUGCCUUAAACUCCUGAAAGUUGAUCAAUAUUUCCAGGUCACCAGGCAAGAGAAUAGGGUGCUGAGAGCACUCUGAGAGCAAAUUCCUCCUUCUAGGAGCCUGAAGAAACCUUGAGAGGUUUUUGAGACAAGGCACAGAUGUGCUUUGAAUCCUGCAAAGUUUAAACUUCAUUUGAGCCCCUGUGUCUCAUGUCAGUGCCCACUCUAAAGAGGCUGUGUAAGCCCCCUGCCUCCAGGACACACCAUGCUGGGAGCAUUCAUUCAGCCACUCGCGGAAGGCAGAGAUUUCAUUUCAAAGCACUGGAAAACCUUUUAUGCCUCCUGGGUCUGAUCUGGCAGUGUCUGAUCUGCAGACAAAAAUAACAGUUCUCAGUAGCUGAAAGCCUCUGUCCUGUUUUCUGGAGCAGGCAGGGAAAGGACAAAUUCUCAUUUUCCCUCCUCUCUGGUCAGCUUUUGUGCAGAAGGGCUGCCUGGCACUAGCAGGGGCAGGGCAUCACCUUGCCCUUGUUUGUUCAAAAUGAUAGCUGGAGCCAUUCAAAAAGGAAAAUGAAAGGCUGAGAUAAGUGCGGAGCAGUAGCAGAUGACCUGCAAAGACUUAUGGAGAUUGUGCCUCUUCAGUAAGGAAAAUGAGGCAAUGAGAGGAGAAGGAACUCGCUCCAGGUUGUAGUAGGAGGGCAGAAGAGCCAGGAGGUGAUUCUAGGUGAUGCUUUUCACUGCAGGGACUCACUGGGUGUUGGUAAGCUGAAAAUUUAAUUAAGUGUGGUCAUGACCCUUGUCUUAAGAUCUGACGAGACAUUUGGGCUGUCACCAUCACUGCAGAGCUCAGUGGGCGGCGUGGCUGGUGCUUUCUCCAUGUGCUGUGGAGUCACAGAGGCUUAGGGGUGGGAGCCAGCCUGCCUCAGAGUGCUGACACCACCCUGACCUCCCCAGGCGCCUGCGGAGACAAUGCAUCAGCAGCAGAUGUGUACAUCCAUCUCCGAGCAGGCAUAUUCCUCCCUGGGGCCAGGAAAUACUCAUAAGCCUGCAGCAGGAAGGAAAGGGAUGGGUUUAUCCGAGCAAAUGCAAGGGUGGGGCUGACAGCCCUGCUGGGAAUCGCUGCGCAGAGGCAGAUGCUGGUAGCAAUAAGAGACAAGGCCUCACCUGCCUGGCACCGUGCCAGGAGCAGAUGUUUGCCCGAAAUUAAUUCCUCCCACAUCUCUGCCCAUCUUCUUUCUCUGAUGACUCCUCUGUUUCCCAGACUGUCUUGGGCUCUGACAUCUUGCUGGGCAAGGUUCAGCCUUCUCUGUGGUAGCUGCUUGUGCCCAAGAUGUUCGUAGGGUCUGGACUAAGUGACUGGAGGCUGUCCCAGGGAGCCUUGCUCAGGCGGGGGAAGCUGGGCAGGUGAGACGCUUCAUGCUGAGCUGUGGGGUUUGUUGUUUUUACACAGAGCAGAUCAGCCUCCCUUGGAAGAGACUGCUCCUGCUCUCCAGCUCAAAACGAUCUUGUUGCAGUUAAGAACUACAGCUACAGCACUCUGCCAUGGGCUAAUUCUGUUUCCUGCCCACUCCUCUGUUUGUAGUCAGUCCUGCUGCGGGUUACAUUCUGAGAAGCUGAUGUUAAUGUUUUAGGAUGGGGAUCAUUCUGGAACUCUGCAGCCUCCUGGAAAUGAAGCAGGUCCUGACCUUACCCUGCCAGCUCAGGGUGGUUGCAGAAGGGCAGUGCUGGAGCACUGUGAUGCAUGCACAGAGCUGGUGCUGGUGCUCUUUGCCUUCAGCAGAACUGCUGGGGAGCUCGAGGAUCCCCGCGGCUGAAGAUGCUCAGGGAGAGUCUCUGCUCACAACAGCCCUGUCGAAAUGAGCUUUGCAGUGAGGAGGAACAGAGCUGAUGUGAUUUGCAGAAAUCAGUGACAGAGGAAGGAGCAGACCUAGGUCUCCUCCCUUUGUUUGCAUCCUUAUGGCAUAGUGCUCCUUAAGGUGCUGCUAGGUUCACAUGGGGUCUGUACAGGCAACUGGGGCAUGAGGUGUGACCACCAACCUUGGCAAUUUCAAAGGCUGCAGAUGCUGGAAGGGAAUCAGUAGCUGAGCUGGGCUGUUCUCCAUCCCUGCUGGAUUUGAUACUAUGCCAGAGCAAAGGCAACCUAAGAAAUAGCCCCAAGAGAAGGACAUAUGGCAUGCUUACAGAGUUGCUGCAGCCACUGAUAAUGGUGAUCCAGAUGCAGUUGUCUCUCUGCAGACCCCUGGCUUUGUGCUGAGGCAAGCUAGGAUGUUGCUUUAUGUCACAGCAUCUAAUUGCUUUAGCUUCUCCUUCACUGAAAACUCUUAGAGAGCAGCAUGCCCUCCUGGAAGGUUAUAGGCAUCUUUUUCUUUAACCCUGUGACAUGUGUAAAUCUUCCCACACUGCCCACCAAGGAAUCUCUGCUGACUGAUUUGCAGCCAGGCAAGACAAAUUCACAGUCUCUUAGUUACUUCUGAAAUCACUUCUCACCCCAGCUAGUCACAAGCCAUAGUUCACAGGAUUUUCAAAGGCCUUUGCUAGCUGCUCUGCCCCGGCUUAGCACUCCCAGUCCAAGAGACAAGAGUCUUUCAAGGCCUGCCUCCAUCCUGAGUGUGUAGUUGUUUGUCUUGCUCCUCUCUGCUCUCCUCUGGGCAGUUGCUGGAGGAAUAAGAGGGCAAGGGCCAGGCCCAGAGCCUGAGCAGCAAGGUUUGCAGGGGGAGCAGACGAGAAGAAAUGGGAGGAGGAUGGUUCAGAAGCAGAGGGGAGCGGAGGUGUGAGCAUCCCAAAGACAGAGGGAGGGGACUGCCAUUCCACCACGUGGCGUGCAGACCUUUGAGUCUGGGUUCUCAGAGUGAUGUAGCACAAUUCCUGAUGUAUGUAGGCCUGUUACUUCCCUAAGGCGUCUCCUACCCUCACUAUUUGCAGUGUUCCUUGGUUUUUGGAGACUGUUGUAAAUAAAGAUUUUGACAUUGGCA